GCGUUGAGUUGGGAUAGGUACAUAAAACUACUGUACUAUCAAAAGAAAAACAUUUCCCUCACAAUCCUACAGAAAUAAAGCAAUAUGACAACGAGGAUCUCGAGUGUUGGUGCGAAAACCAAAACAAUAACAGCUGAAAAUUCUCAGAAUCGCCUUUUCAAGGAAAGCUGUGGUUUUUUCGUAUAGAAGUCUUACGCGUUACACAACGUAAUCGUACCUCUGAAAAAGUCAGCAUAAAAAUUUGAACAAACGGUAUUCUAAGCGAGUCCAUUGACACCUAAUGGCCAGUUGUUCUGUAACGUGAUAAGAAGUGUCGCUAGAAAAAUAAUAUAGUGACAUUUUUUUACUGACUGUUACUUAAUCUCUGCUUACUAUAUCACGUGUUGUGGUUCGAUGUUUUGCUGCUCUAGGCUAACACGACUAGGGGAGCGAAUGGUCAGUAUGAACUCAACUUUAGUAGAAACAGUCAGCAUAAACUAUGAAGAUUUCAACGAAAGUUUUCUUACAUGCGGCACCUGUUUAUGUAUGUACGAUGGCCAAGAGCACACGCCCAAACUCCUACAAUGCUCUCACACGGUGUGCCUGCACUGUCUCACCCGGAUCGCAGCUUCACAAACCAGAGACACCGGGUCGUUUAGGUGUCCCAUUUGCAGGGAGUUGAUCACAAUACCCAGGGGAGGUGUAUCGGCGCUACCCCCGUCGUUCUUGGUCAACCAGCUGCUUGAUCUCAUGUCCAGGCAGAGGAGAGAGGUGAUACCAAAAUGUUCCGUACACAUUAACCAGGAGUUACUAUUCUGCGAGACCUGCGACACAGUUUUCUGCACCUUAUGCACCGGCGGUUCACACAACGACUCUGCAAACAGCUGUGAACACACCAUCAUACCUUUUUCUAUAGCUAUCAAGCGGAUGUCAGAGAUAUUGCUAUAUAAGGCCAACGACUGUAUAUCGAAGCUAACUCAGGCACAAGAAGGCGUUAGUGCCGAACUAGGGAAGUUAGACGCAGCGAAAGAAGCAUGUAUAGAGAAAGUGAACGAAACCUUUCGACAUAUACAGGAACUGAUGGAUCAGAGGAAACAAGAAAUAUUAGAUAGCGUGAAUUCGAUUUGUGCUGAGAAAAGGCGGGUCCUUGAGGAACAGCAUUCUCUGAUUGAAAACGAAAAAAAUAAAGUAGAACAGGAAUGUCAAGGUUUACAAUAUCAAGUAGAAGUAAGAAACAUCACGCAAAGAAUAGAAAUACUGUCAGAAAAACUAGAUGCAACUACAACCUUAGGUGAACCUAGGGAAAAUGCUUUCCUUACAUGUGAUUUCAAUUUGAACGAUAGCUUAGAACAAAUUCAACAGCAUCUGUGUGUUUUAGGUAAAGUACGAACCAGUACGACCUUCCCGAGUCUCUGCACCGCCCAACUAGAAGGAGAAGUUGUAGUGGGUAUCGAGAACUGCGUAAACUUGGCAACGGUGGAUUACCAUGGUAACGCGCGUAAAACGGGCGGAGAUCCAGUGAAAGGCGAACUACUAUUGGUCACUACCGAUCAAAGUGGAGGGGGGGAGGAGUCGGUACCCGUUAGGAUAGUUGACGGUGACGAUGGUUCUUAUAAAUUGUACUUCCGUGCUUCGAAGCCUGGGAGAUAUGGAAUGAAGAUAACUGUGAUAGAUAGACCAAUUAGAGAUAAUCCGUUGUACUUUGAUGUUACUGAACACAACAAUCCUAUUGCUGUGUAUGGAUCUAGAGGUAGUGGAAAAGACGAAUUUAUGCAACCGGUAUCAGUGGCCAUUGAUGAGAGGGAUCAGACUGUUUAUGUGCUGGACACAGGAAACUCUAGAAUUAAAGUUCUGAGUGAGAGUUUCGAGUUUAUCAAACACGUCACGAAUGAAGGAUUGCUAGGAAGAAGUUGCACAGGCAUUGCUAUAUCGAAUGAAGGUCUUAUAGUGGUGAACUGGAGGACGAAAUUCUUGACAGAAAUAACAACUGACGGUGAAACGAUCAAAUCGUUCACUUACAAUGCGUUCCAAGAGCCCAUAGAUGUCGCUGUGGACAAAAAUUACGGACACGUUUUAGUAGCUGACAAUGGGAUGAGUUGCGUUUUUGUCUUUGACGCCGAGGGAAAGAUACUGUUCCAGGUGGGCAAAAAGGGAACAUUCAGUCUCAUAUCUUCCAUAUCGGUGGGACCUUUAGGAGAAAUCGUCGUAGCAGAUUCUAGAGUUCAGCUGUUUUCUGCAAAAGGCGAUUUCAUGGAGAUCAUCUACGAUGAGGGUAAAGGCAAAGGACGCUAUGGUGGCAUUGUAGUAGAUGCCGAAAAUAGAGUUCUCCUCACACGGACCGAGCAGAAAGGCAGAACCUACGUGCAAGUGCUCUCAUUGACGGACAACUCUCUGAACCAAUGCGUGGACUCGCACGACGCGAAAUUGAAGAGACCCAGCGGAUUGGCGGUUACUCAAGACAACCAUGUGGUUGUGGUUGAUCUUGGCAAUAAUUGUGUCAAGAAGUAUCGGUAUUGGUGAACCGUGAGCGCAAAAUCUAAUCGUCGCCGUUUUUACAUAACUGCAGUUUUUAUGUGAGAUUGUGAUUUUGAAAAAAAUCGGACUACCUACUAACUGUCAAUGGCUUGCACUGAUAUUGUCAAUCAUCAAUCAAUAUGUUAUUAAACAAGCUGCAAGUCACAUUGUGGUAGAUGGCUAAGCUACUAUUUACACUUGAUAAUAAAACGGAGAAUGUCGAGAAAAUUCUACCAAGAGUCUGCUGUAGGGGAGAGGUCCGAUUUAAGGUUCAUUCUCACUAUAAUUCCGUUUCCAUUCCAUAUCAGUUUCGUAAACGUUCAGUACAAUUUGAUUGUAUACACAGUAUACCUUACGGAUAAUGUGCAUACACACGCAAUAGCCUGCUUUAAGCGAAGGCGAAUAUUUAAUUUAAAUAAUUUACGGAACGGUUACGGAAUGGAAACGGAAUGUAUAGUGAGAAUCAACCUUUAUGGCAUUUUAUGCUCCUCCAUAUAGUAUCCUACGGGCCUGCAACCAUCAAACCAUGCUAGUGAAAUACAGGUUGCAUUGGGUUAGACAAAUGUCAGAAAAACGGCCGUUGCGCCUUGUCUCAUUUUAUCUUAUUUCUGAAGAUGUUACUUUUCAUAUUGUAACGCUUUGUAUAAUGCGGUAGGACAGUUCGAGUUUUGUUAUGUGAUUUCAAAUUGUAGGAUGAUCACGUUAUCUGUUUUAUUUCUAAAUCUGUUGAUAUGUUUCGCGAAGUUCGCAGAAUUCUUGAGUUUUAUAGAAAAGUGAUCACAUGUUACUAGGUUAUAUAAAGGAGUGUAGAGUUGUGAGUUAAGGUUAAGUCAGUUUUUGACUGAAUAAAACGUGAAAAGUCAAGAAGUAUUUCAUCCCACUUCUGACAUUUGUCACGAAUUUUCUCUUCUUUACACGUUUUAUUCACUCAAAAACUCACAAAACUUAUUUAACCUUGACUUCACUUAACAUAAAACACUGAAGAAGUGGGAGCUCCAAACGAUGGCAACACCAUUGAUAUUUGUCAGAUGGUGGCGCCUGGAGAUCUAGAGAAACUACCGAAGGAAUGACCCUGGAAAUAGGAAUGUGCCAGGGAUUUCGUUUGAUCGCAAUUUAAAACCUGCUGAAAAUGUUUCCUAUAUUGAAGGAUUAUUUCAUGAACGUAAAUCCAUAAAAGAUCCCGAAUAACGGUAAUAUCCCUUUCAGUAUUUUGCUGGGAACAAGUUUCAGGGUAAUGAAAUCUAAUGCUAAAUAUCCACAAAUAUGUAUAUGUAUUUUCAUCAAAUAAUCACAAGCUUUUUUGACAGUCGUAUAAAGAUUGUAUUACAUGAAGAUAUAUAUCCCAAAUUCAUUUAUUGAAUACUCUUUGCAAAACUCGUGUCUAGCUUCAUUGAAUUGAUUCUUGGUAAUCUGAUACGAUAUAGAAAACACUAAUGUAAAUUAGACAGUCUUUGCAAAUGAGCUAGUCUCGUUUAGUUAGUUUGCCCAUUGUAUGCCUUAAAUGUGUUUAAUUCUAUCUCCAAUAAAUCAUAAUCUGUUUUGCUGUUAACUAGAAGUUUUGUGAUUUUCCAGCUGACCUGACAGUGAAAUUUCCGUUCUUCAAAAGUGAUUUGAUUUUUUCACUGAACUCUUUGUAUUUGCUGAUAUGUCCAGCGAAAACAAUGGUUGGAAUCCCGGAUUUCUUUUUCUGUAGAAUUAUACUUGAAUUUUAUGAUUUUUGAGGUAUAUCUUCCCCUGUCCUGACAUUUAUCAAAAUACCGAACUUAUUUUUAAUUUCUACAUCUGGAAUUGAGCCAACCUCUGGGAGCCUGGCAGCAUUUAUUUUCUUUGGUUGAAUGAAGUCUCCUUCAUGUCUUACUUGUUGGGAUUCGGGUAUGGAUAGCGUUACCAUUCCAUCUUCCAGAUGCCCCAGCAACAUUAUUUUUAGUAGUUUUAUAAAUGUUUAUAUAAAAUGCUAGAAAACUCAAGAAUUCUACAAACUAAACAAAAUGACGACUAACUGACCACAAUUUGACAACACAAGACAGAACUGAAACUGUGGCCUACCGCCUAUACAGGGUGUUACAAUGUAUAAAAUACCUGGAAUAAACUCAUAUUGUGGUUGUCAUUCAUUCAACUGACCCCUCUUUAGUGAUUAAAUGCAUACAUUACCUCGCUCUUUGGAUAAAAUAUUGAGUUUUUCUCCACUAUUUUGGGGAGUUCGAAAUAAUGAACAUAUCUCCGUUUCCUCUCAUUGAACAAUUCACAACUGCACAAAGCAAGCCAUUUGAAUAGUUAUUCACAAAUAAAUAAAGUAUUUACGAGAAGUAAGUGAAAAUGUGGAGGCUUAUUAACACCAAACUGUCAUUCGGUUUGUUGUUGUCCUCCAGCAAGUAUGGUGGCCAAGCCAUGACGUCAUAUGAAAACGAUCCGUAUGAAGUUAGUAGAUAAUGCGAAUAUGUAAUAGGAGCUGUCAGUUUGUUUUUUUAACGUAAUAAGCAUGCGCAUAUUCCAGGAUACGCCACUUUAUUGGCUCUACAAGCAUCAGUAAGGUUGUGAUCAACGAACGUUUGUGGUAACAUCCACAUAAUUGAAAGUAUGACGUCAUCCUGGGAUACCCUAAUCGUGAUUUUUCCACAAUCAUAGUCAGAUACCAUGACUAUUUACAAAAUAUUUAAUUGAGAGUGAUUCCUACAUUAAAACACAUUAUUUAUCUUAUAACACUUAAGAUGUUUGUAGCAUCAGCCAUACUCAAGUACUUCAACUCAUUUUAAGCAAUAAAGUUAAUGUUAAAAGAAAUGUCUACUGAACCAAACCAUAUAAUUUUGUUCAAGAAAAAACAGUCUCAUUCAGUGAUAUAUUUUACCCAUUUCGUCUAAUUUUGAGUAAGAUUAGUUAUUUAAGUUAUUUUGUUUGAUGUCCUCGAACCCUAUCGCAAUGAUUAGUCCGAAAAAGUACGAAACUGCUACAGAAUGCUUGCAUCGAUAGAAAGCAACCCAAUAUUUUUUUUAAGUUUAGUUGAAUUGGAAAUAAAUCGCUAAAAGAUAUGUGUAUAUUUCGAAUGUCUUUUUACUUAUUUUAAUAUGAGGAACCGUUUUCGGUCCAGUAUACAUUUUUUUUAAAUACACUCAAGUCACACGAAGGAAUUUUUUAUAUAUUAGAUGCUACUUGACUGCCAAUAUUUUGCCAUAGGUGAUUUUUUUUACUAUUUUUUUUUGUGCAUCUUCGGUGUGCAAAAUAUUUUGUCGAUUUUACUUAAUGUAUAUAUGUUAUUAUAAGCUUUUGGUUUAUAAUGCGUUUUUUUGAGAUGUGUAUCUCACGCGAUAUGAAAGUCUCGUUUUGUGGACAAUUUUGUACUUAUUUACUGUAUAUUUUUGUACAAACGUUUCUUUUCAGUUGGUCUAGUCAUUACUUCAUAUUUUUCUAUGCUCUAUUUAUUGUAAAUAUUAAAUACACAAAUAUUAU